AUGGGAUUACUAAAUAGAGAUUUAAUGACUAAUAUUUCUUAUGAAAGUGUAGUAUCUUGGGAAGAUCAAACACCUGAACGCUAUUCUCCAAAUCAAGCUUUACCUAACAUUUUACUUUAAAGUGAUUUUAGACUUAAAGACUAUUGUUAAAUUAAAGAAAAAUGUGGUUAAGAUUAACAAUGCUUAAAUAAUUUUGAUAAUUAUCUUCUUUAAUUUGAUAAAAAUAGAAAUUCUGUAUAAUAUUAUAAAACAUAAUGGAAUACUUGGUCAUACCAUAACCAAAACUUAUGGGAAAACCUUGAACUAGAAUAGAAGCAUUUUAUCAUAAAAUCAAGUCUCUAAUUACUCUUUGCCUCAUCUUAUGUAGAAAAUUAGUACAGCAAUUAUGCUUAAGCUAAUGCUAUUUAUGGAGCUAGAAACAAGGACGGCUUAUUAAUUGGAUAAUAUACUUCCUAUGGAGGACCUUUCUAUUGUAUGAAAGUUAAUGGCUAGUAUCCUGAAUUCAAAUAUACUAAUAUCGAUUAAUUUAAUGGGUUUUAAUAUAUGGAUUAGGCUGGAUAGGUUUGUGGAAACUAAUCAAAGCCAUGCUCAUGUAGCUAUUUCAAUAUCAAAAGAAUGUAUCCUAUAGACUGGAGAUGCAGACCUUGGUAUUUAUCAGCUAACAAUACAUAUUAUAUGUAAUUUCAACAUAUUUUUACAUAAACUAGAAAUUCUUUUGAAAUAAAUACUAGUUCUUAUUCUUAACCAUACACUAAUAUUUUACUUGGGAUAGUUAGCAUUACUUGUACUUUUAAGGUAGUUAUACCUAGAUAAUAAAUUCAUAGUAUAGAAGAUGAGCUUAACUUUUAAUCAGAUGCUAUUUUGGCGAUAGAUAUCAAUUUAGGAGAGCUCUAGAAAAGAUUUAUGAAGAAUGACACAUAAACAUAAUAUUCCUAUUUAUUAUCUACAAAUACUGAUAAAACUGUAUCCAAUUUUACUCCGUUGUUAAUACGUAAUCUAUUUAUGAUGUAGAAUUCUAAUCAAAUGAUUUAAGUGAGCUAGAAGAAUACAAAAACUAAACUAAUUUUUUAGUGGAACUUUAAUAAAAUUAAAAUGGAUGCAGCUAAAUAUUUAAAAACAAUGAUUCAACAACAUUAAUUAUAAAAAAAAAUAAUACAUAAUAUAUAACAAUGUUUUCUAAAUUAUAGAUAUGCUUUGGAAAUUUAAAUGAAUAAAAAACAACUGCAAUAGCUUAUUAUGCUAUUGCUAUAUCUUUUAACAAAAGAGAUUAAGAUAUAAAAAGUGUAGAAUAGACUUUUAUUUACCAUUUCAACUAAAAAAUUCAAAACGGAGAGCUAAAAACAUAAUAUGAGCUUAAAAAUUUUAUUUAUGCAAUUAAUUAAGUAGUUCUCAACGCUAUAUAAGUAAUAUAAUAAAAACUAGAAAACAAUGACAGUACAUAUACUGAUACAAUUUUAGCAUAUUAAGAUUAGCUUAAAGAACUACGAGUAAGCCCUUAAUUACAUGAAUGAAUCAGAAAAAAAUAGUUGUUCAAUCUUUGAAUAAUUUACUUAAUCAAUAAUGAAUACAUAAGGUGUAGAUCAAAUAAAAAUUAUUACCUUUGUUUGCGAAUAGGGUUAAAACAUACCACUUUUAGAGAUUUAUGCCUGUAGGAAAUUCUAUAAAUCUACCCCCAAAAAAAAUAAGAGAGGUGGAGAUGAGAAAUAAAUAAUAGAUAUAAAAAUGUAUUUAAGAUAAGCUCAAGAUUUAUUAAGUGAUUCUCAUUAAAUAUUUUUGCUUAUUUCUAAUUCUCACAAAAUAAAUGUUUAAGAGAAGCAAAAGGAGAAAGACAAUCAUUAAUUAAUUAUUUGUACAUAUUAGGUAGGAGCUAUUAAAGCCUUAGCAUGUAUUUAAUGA